GGAAGGACACGUGUCCAUAGAGGUGGGCCUAGCCCGGCGGUCCCGGAGGGUUUGGAGCCUCGGGAUGGAGGACAAAAGGCAAUUCCCGAUUGAUAUACAGACCAGCAAGCUCUUGGACUGGCUGGUGGAUCGGAGACACUGCGAUCUGAAGUGGCAGAGCUCGGUCCUGACUAUCCGAGAGAAGAUAAACAAUGCCAUCCAGGACAUGCCGGAGAACGAGGAGAUCAAACAGCUCCUGUCGGGAUCAUAUAUUCACUACUUCCAUUGCUUGAGAAUUAUCGAGAUCCUCAGGAGAACAGAAGCAUCGACGAAGAAUAUAUUUGGCGGUUACUCUUCGCAGCGGAUGAAGGACUGGCAGGAGAUAGUCUCGCUGUAUGAAAAGGACAACGUCUACUUGGUUGAGCUGGCCAGUUUCCUGGUGCGUAACGUGAGCUACGAGAUCCCCUCUCUGAAGAAGCAGAUCAGCAAGUGCCAGCAGCUCCAGCAGGAGUAUGCCCGCAAGGAGAUGGAUUACGUCAACAACGCAGCCACCCUGCGGGACAAGUUCUACGCCUCCUGCAAGCAGUUCGGAAUCACGGGAAAGGACGUUCGGCAGGAGCUGCUCUCUCUGUGCAAGGAUCUCCCUUCUGCGCUCACUGCUAUUGCCGAGGGAGCCAGAGAUCUCACGGACAUCAUCGAGUUGUACGAAGCCUGCGUGGAGUUUGUUUGUGGCCGUGUCUCUGAGCCUUGUGUCCCACUGCUGAAGUACAUUCACAACCGGGGAAACACGACCGUCUACGAAUGGGGAACGGGACAGACACCGAAGGCUAUCGAGCGGCCAGUCAGCAAUGAAUGCGCGGAGGCACGGCCCGCGGAGGGCGCGGAUACUAUUGACUGGGGGGAGAGCGCUGCGGUUGGCGGGAUCGACUGGGGGAUCUCGGUGGAGGAGAGCGUGGAGCCGAAUGGCCAGGAGAAGGGAGCAGAUGUCAUUGACUGGGGAGAGGACGCAAAUGGUGCCGUUGAAAUCAGCAUUGUGGAGCCUGGCAAAGAAGGUGAUGACGGAGUGGCAAGAGGGAACGAUGCGCUCUCCAUCCUGGAAAACACGGGAACCAGGAACCAGUUUGUUAAUGAGCUCAUGGAGUUACAGGUCUUCCUGACCCAGCGGCUGGCAGAGAUGAGGGAGGAGGCGGACAUCCUGUCCAUAAACCAGUUUCAGACAGCGCCGGCCGCCCUGCAGAGCCAGGACGUCUCCAAGGUCACGAGCAUGCUGGCGCUGGUGGGCGACCUUGUCCAGAGGCUGACCGAGGUGAAGAUGCGGCACCUGCUCCUGAUCCACGCCUCGCCCAGGUACGUCGACCGCGUGACCGAGCUCCUUCAGCAAAAGCUGAAGCAGGCCGAGUCGGUGGGGGCAAAGCAACACCUGAUGGUUCGGAAGAGACAGGAGGCGCUGGAGGAACAGUCCGACCUUGAGCCCAAGCUGGACCUGCUGAUCCAGAGGACAAAAGAGCUGCGGAAGCUGAUCGAGACCGAUAUCUCCAAGCGCUACCAGAACCGGAGGGUGAACCUGAUGGGCGUCGUCGUCUGACCUGUCCGCACGGCCGAGUCUUCGCACCAUUAUUUAUUUGCUACCUGCCUGAGGAGGGGACGGCCCGCGCCGAAACGGGGGGAGGGGGGAAGAUCGGACCAGGUGUUCAACAGGCAAAGGACAUUUUAGAAUGGUCACCCUGACCCCAGCGACAAUAAAGUAACUGAACCCAGAGCCAGUCGCACUUUAUUUUG